CACAAGAGCCAUGGCCUCAGCCAAUUACUUUGUAUCAACCAUAUGAAGUUGAACAAAUAUUAUUACCUGACAAUGCAAAUUGUUUAGCUGUACAAGCUUUCCUUAAAAUGUGUGGCCUUGAUUUUCAAAUAGAACCAAGAAGCAAUGCAGAAUAUAUGUCCCCAUCUGGCCGUGUACCAUUUAUUAAAUGUGGGGCAUUUUUAAUAUCUGAAUUUGACAAUAUCGUAUCAUUCAUAGGGAAUAAAGGCAGAAGUUUGUCAGACCAUUUAUCUGCAACUUGCAAAGCAGACAUGAGGGCUUAUAUGUCAUUAGUGAAUAAUGUUUUUGUAAAUGCUGAGCUAUAUAUCUGUUGGGUUGAUGAACCAACAUUGAAUGAAGUAACUAAAGUAAGGCAUGGUAGUGUAUAUCCAUGGCCAUUAAAUCACUUUUUAAAUUGGCAAAAAAGAAAGGAAGUGAUAAAGAAACUCAAUGUACUUGGCUGGUAUAAUAAAACUAUAGAAGAAGUAUGUAAGGAGGUUCAAAAUUGCUGUACAGCAUUGUCUGAAAGAUUGGAGGGUAGUGAUUAUUUUUCUGGAGAGAAGACACCUAAUGAAUUGGAUGCCCUAGUUUUUGGACAUAUUUUUACAAUAGUCACAACACCGCUACCUGGUAACAAACUAGCAAAUAUUGUCCAGAGCUAUCCACUGCUAGUGCAUCUCUGCAAACGCAUUGAAACUAGCAUUUUUUCUCCUCAAGAGAUACGGGUGAAAUAAAGUAACAAAAUGUUGGAGGCGAGAAUUAAGUAAUACGACUUUGGAGAUUUCUAAAUAUAUGUUCUUGGAAAACGACAGGAAUGCAUAACCGAUAAAAGGUAUCCGUAAAUUAGGCGUUUUACAAAAAUAUUUGUCAGAUAUUGUUAGAAACGAUAAUGUUAAAUCAUUGUUUAUUUCUCCAAUGACAAUUGUUUUCAAUGUAUUUUUGUCAGCAUUUAUUUUUAACUUAAAUCAUUGAAGAGAAUUAUGUACAAUAACAACCAUUCUGAUAUUAAGUAUAACUAUAUAUGUGUUAAUUGACAAUAAGUAUCUUUCUGUCAUAAAAAUUGCAUAUAUUUAACUAAUAAUAUUUGUUAUUUUGUGUGCAUUUUAAAUAACUUAUUCACAUUUUGUUUUAAUUUUAUUUUAAUUGAAAGUUUUUAUUAGCUACAUGAACUAAUUUAUACUUAUCUGUAAAAAGUAUUUAUGUCAUUACUAAUGUGCAUUGUUUUCAAUGUACAUCUGUAUUACAUAGAUAUCUUUUACACGUUAUAAUAAAACUCUACUUGUCUAGUCAGUUCAUUAUAGCAUACUUUUCUGUGUGAAAUUGUAAAACAUUCUUAGAUAUCAUAUGUAAAUUAAUAUAAUGAUGUAUGAUAAGAGCUAAAUUAAAUCUAAGUUAUU